UGCUCUCUAUGGCCGUGGCUGUGGCCAAGGGCUGACUUGACCUUCAUAGUUUUCCUAGUCUCAACAGAGCCUAUUCAGGGAGGACCAGGAGCAUCCAGCACAGGAUUUGGUAAUUUCGAAGAGACGGGACCAAAAAGAAUGAACUCGACGGACAACGCGGCCACUUGGGUAUUGUUGGCACUCCAAGUAGCUGAUUUGGUCUAUGUGGAUAACCCUGUUGGGCCGGUUUCUCCUACGUCGACGACGAUUCAGCGUUUACAACAAAUGUCGCCCAAAUUGGACAGGAUUUACUUGCAUGGCUACGCUAUUUCC